AUGCAAUCAUCAGUCAAUAGAAAAAGAUCCUUCCAAACAAUAUCCACGUCCCAGAGUUCUUGCAAUGACAGAGAUGCCCAAUAUGUUAAUAUGGAUUACAAAACCCUCAUCAAGUCGUCUUCUGCUGCUGCAAUGCUGUUGGAAAACUACGUUUUGAUAGACAAUGACCUUGAGACAUCCAGUUAUACGUUUGAAGAUAGCAAAAGAAGCAAAAACAACCAAUUUGUUCAUAAGCCAAGUUUAAUCCGCCAGGAAGAAUUGAAAGAGGACAAGACGUAUCUAAUCUCGUUGUACAAUCAUCUCAAGCAAAGGCAGGACGGGUUUAAAUUUAGUGUUUUGGCAGAUAAGUCAAUAGACAAGGUGGAUUUGCGAAGUGAAAUAUUCAGUUAUUCGGUGGUUAAUAAUCCAUUACUAAUAGUGUUCUUCGGUCCCUUCAACAACCAGCACUUGUUUGAAAUCAACAGCAAUUACGAGAGGUUUGGCGAAAGAUAUCCACACUUGCGAACCAUAGGCGUAACAUCUAACAUUUCUCUCAGCGAGUACUCGUGCCUCAAGUUUCCAGUGCUCGACGACACAGCAAGCCAGUUCUCCAAGUUCUUCAACAUUCUAGACCCUUUGGGUGGUGGCGUUUAUCCCCAAAAUAGAGUGUUUUUGUUUGGCAAAGAUGGCUUAAGGCUAGCAGACAUCGCAGUGGUGGAUGCCUCUCCCGCCAUUGCUUCUGUCAAUGCUUUAAAUACAUCCAACAUCACCAACGGUUCUUCUUCGCAAGACUCUGGUGCCUCUAACAUCCACGUUGGUUUAUUAGGUGCUGUCGCUGCUGCCGGUGUUGCUUUAUUAUUAUAA